AUGGAGCCAUCGGAGUGUGAGGACUCAGCAGCAGCGGCGAGCAGAAGCUUCAUCGAGGAAGCCACCGAGUUCCUGCAGCACGCAUCGGGGAGGGAGGACCUGAGGCUGCUGCUGGCUGAAGAUGGAGUGUGGGAGGCCUUCGUGGCUGAGGCCCAGCUGUCCAGAGCUGAUGCAGACACAUUACAUGACGCCCUCAAUGCGCUCACAGCAAACAUGCCUGUGGAAGACCAGGACAGGCUCCAGCAUGACCUGCAGGACAUGGAGAGGUUUGUGGAUGCGUUUCCUCAGGUGAAACUGGAACUGGAAGGGCACAUCAGGAAGCUCCAUGCGCUGGCGGACAAAGUGGACAAGGUGCACAGGGACUGCACCAUCUCCAAGGUGGUGGCUGGCUCCACCAGUGCUGUGUCCGGAGUCCUGACCCUCCUUGGCCUCACUCUGGUACCCAUGACAGCUGGUCUUAGUUUGGUGCUCUUAGCAACAGGGAUGGGCCUGGGAGCAGCAGCAGCUGUGACUAGUGUCUCCACUGGCAUCGUGGACUACACAAGUGAGUCAUCAGCCAAAAUGGAAGCCAGCCAACUGGUGUCAAGCAGCAUGGUCAAAGUGAAGAUGGUUGCAAAGGCCAUGGUUCAUUCAGGACCCCAAGUCUAUUCCUUAUCUGAGAAUUGCUGCCGAGUCCUGCGAUGCAUUGAGCAGAGCAUCAGUGCUAUCAAGCUCAGCAAAGGCAGCCCUGCCUUAGCUGCCAGUGCCAAACGCCUCAUGACCGCAGGGAGCAUCUCUGCUCAAAGUGGUAAGCAGUUGAAGAAAGCCUUAAGGGGCACUGACUUGUCAGUGAGCAGAAGAGCCUGGGUCAUGGGCAUAGCCACCGCAGGUGUGUCCCUCAUCGGGGAUGCGAUUGGCCUUGUGAAAGAAUCCAAGCAUUUGCACAAGAGGGCAAAGGCAAAGUCGGCCGAGGAGUUGAGGCAGCAGGCUCAGGAGCUGGAGGAGAAAUUGCAAGUGCUCACCCAGAUCUAUGAUGGUUUGCAGUCAGGCUCAACUCAGUAACAAGUCUG